UUGCAGUGAGCUGAGAUGGUGCCACCGCACUCCAGCCUGACGACAGAGCGAGACUCCAUCUAAAAAAAAAAAAAAGGGUCUCACUAUGUUGCCCAGGCUGGCCUGCUGCAAAGGGUCUCACUAUGUUGCCCAGGCUGGCCUGCUGCAAAGGGUCUCACUAUGUUGCCCAGGCUGGCCUGCUGCAAAGGGUCUCACUAUGUUGCCCAGGCUGGCCUGCUGCAAAGGGUCUCACUAUGUUGCCCAGGCUGGCCUGCUGCAAAGGGUCUCACUAUGUUGCCCAGGCUGGCCUGCUGCAAAGGGUCUCACUAUGUUGCCCAGGCUGGCCUGCUGCAAAGGGUCUCACUAUGUUGCCCAGGCUGGCCUGCUGCAAAGGGUCUCACUAUGUUGCCCAGGCUGGCCUGCUGCAAAGGGUCUCACUAUGUUGCCCAGGCUGGCCUGCUGCAAAGGGUCUCACUAUGUUGCCCAGGCUGGCCUGCUGCAAAGGGUCUCACUAUGUUGCCCAGGCUGGCCUGCUGCAAAGGGUCUCACUAUGUUGCCCAGGCUGGCCUGUUGCCCAGUCUGGCCUGCUGGCAUCUUGAUGUUGAACUUCCAGCCUCCAGAAGUGUGAGAGAACUGGUUUUUUGAGCCACCCAGUUUGCAGAAAUUCGCACGACCCCCAGAAAUGAAUGCAGAAACUGUUCAAUCCAUAAGACGAUUAAUGAGUGCUAAUGAUGGGUGAGCAUAUUGCUUUGGGAUCAGUUCUACAGCUGAUGAGUCAAGGGCUCAGGGGGGGCCUGAUGCAGACUAUUUUAGGGCUGCGGAGGGGCGCCCAGAAAGCCAGGGAAUUCCCACACGCGUUGUGAUCCCCUAAUAAGGUUAAUGAAAAUUUCUAGAGUGAUCCGUCUUUGUUUGAGUACUGGGCAGGCAGCAGGGAGAGUCAGGCAGCAGCCGCGAGCAGGUGGCUCCCUUCCCCACCUUGCCAGCAGGCUCUGUGCUCCUUGAAGCAAGUGUUCCAGAGGCUCCGGAAGCCACGGCUGGAUUGGAGACAAGAUGGGAUCCUCAGAGGACCACGCCUAUCGCCUCCUUAACGACUACGCCAACGGCUUCAUGGUGUCCCAGGUUCUCUUCACCGCCUGCGAGCUGGGCGUGUUUGACCUUCUCGCCGAGGCCCCAGGGCCCCUGGACGUGGCGGCAGUGGCUGCAGGUGUGGGGGCCAGCGCCCAUGGGACAGAGCUCCUGCUGGACAUCUGUGUGUCCCUGAAGCUGCUGAAAGUGGAGACGAGGGGAGGAAAAGCUUUCUAUCGAAACACAGAGCUGUCCAGCGACUACCUGACCACGGUCAGCCCGACGUCACAAUGCAGCAUGCUGAAGUACAUGGGCAGGACCAGCUACCGGUGCUGGGGCCACCUGGCAGACGCCGUGAGAGAAGGAAGGAACCAGUACCUGGAGACGUUUGGCGUUCCCGCUGAAGAGCUUUUUACGGCCAUCUACAGGUCCGAGGGCGAGCGGCUACAGUUCAUGCAAGCUCUGCAGGAGGUCUGGAGUGUCAACGGGAGAAGCGUGCUGACCGCCUUUGACCUGUCAGUGUUCCCACUUAUGUGUGACCUCGGUGGGACAUGGAUAAAGCUGGAAACCAUCAUUCUCAGCAAACUAUCGCAAGGACAGAAAACCAAACACCGCGUGUUCUCACUCAUAGGUGGGGCUGGAGCUCUGGCUAAGGAAUGCAUGUCUCUGUACCCUGGAUGUAAGAUCACCGUUUUUGACGUCCCAGAAGUGGUGUGGACGGCAAAGCAGCACUUCUCAUUCCAGGAGGAAGAACAGAUUGACUUCCAGGAAGGGGAUUUCUUUAAAGACCCUCUUCCGGAAGCAGAUCUGUACAUCCUGGCCAGGGUCCUCCAUGACUGGGCAGACGGAAAGUGCUCACACCUGCUGGAGAGGAUCUACCACACUUGCAAGCCAGGUAGUGGCAUUCUGGUAAUUGAAAGCCUCCUGGAUGAAGACAGGCGAGGUCCUCUGCUCACGCAGCUCUACUCUCUGAACAUGCUUGUGCAGACGGAAGGGCAGGAGAGGACCCCCACCCACUAUCACAUGCUCCUCUCUUCUGCUGGCUUCAGAGACUUCCAGUUUAAGAAAACAGGAGCCAUUUAUGAUGCCAUUUUAGCCAGGAAAUAACUUUUUCUUGUGAUC